GCCAAAAGUCGGACCCAUCAGAGCAUCGCCCGAUUAAGAUCUUUAAAAACAAAGCGACGGUGUAAACUGAACCAACAACGGAGGACACUACUUCGCCUCGAAUUAUUGAGGGACUCUGGUCUUGCAGAUCGAGUGCCACAUACUGGCGAUCGACACAAUUCCUUCGAACGAGACGACCACGACCUGCACGCGAAGAUCGCCCGUUUGCGCUCUCCCUGUGCUUUCUCGAACGCGCCGCCAAAAGCAGUUGCAGCUCUCACUCUCCCGCUGCCCUCUCGACGUCAAAACCAUCCCAUCUUGCGCGCUUGUCCACCUUAGCUUGCUCCGCUGCGGAGACACUACCUACCUGAAGCAGCUCGUCGCACCUAGCCGCUAAGAUGUCCUUCACAUUCGGCGCACCUGCGUCGAGCGCAACUUCGGGCCAGUCAACCACAUCCACAGCUCCAGCUUCGGGUGGCCUGUUCGGCGGCGCAACUGGCUCAGCACCAUCGUCCUUCUCAAUUCCCAAAACCGGAGCUAGCGGAACAAGCACACCCCAAGCGGGAGGCGGUUUAUUUGGAGGGGCGGGAGCGACAGCCGGUCAGACAGGAGGCUUGUUUGGCAACGCGGGUGGCACAACCACGCCCUCGACGGCAGCGCCUGCCUCGGGCACGUCGUUAUUUGGUCAGACUGCGGGAGCUUCGACUGGAGGCACUCUGUUUGGCAACGCCAAGACCGCCGGGAGCAUGUUCGGUGGUAGUUCAACCCCAGCGUCCGGGACCGCAACUCCCACUGGCACGCCCAGUCUCUUCGGCAACAAGCCUGCCACAACGACUGCUGCCCCAGCCACGGGCACUCAGAGCACUACAACCAGCGGCCUUUUCGGGUCCGGGACCCCUACGGCCCCUUCAGGCGGCGCCACUCCGACGACGGGAGGAAUGUUUGGUAACACCGGUGGUGCAUCGAUGUUUGGUUCCGCCACUCCCACCUCCGGAGCCCCCGGCACCCAGGCGACCCCGGCGAAGACGAUGUUUGGAGGUCUUGGCGGCUCGACUACACCGGCCGGCGCACCCCCGGCCGAUACCUCCAAGCCCGCCGGGAAUCUGUUUGCCGGUGGCCUUGGGGCUAAACCAGCGGCUCCCGCAACCAGCGCCGGCGGCCUUUUCGGCCAAAGCACAACACCCGCUCCCAGCGCUGCACAGCCGCAACCCGGCAACGCCCCAGCGGCCGGCGCGGGAGGUCUGUUCGGGCCCAAGCCUACCCAGACACCCGCCACGGGAGGCACACCCUCCAUGUUUGGCACCGCUCAGACCAGCACCGCCGCAUCCGGAACCAGCACACCUGCGGCGGCCGCACCAGCGGGUGGACUGUUUGGGAAGACCCCAGCCGCCGCCGCGCCAGCGGCCUCCACUCCUGCUGCCACCAAGUCUUUGUUCCCGGCAGCCGCGACAACGACAGCACCGGCGGCGUCAUCCGCAGCAGCGACCCCUAGCUUGUUUAGCGGCGCGACGCCUGCUACUACGGCGCCUGCCACGUCGACACCCGCGACUGGCGGCUUGUUCGCCCCGAACCCCACAACCACUACCGCAACGACCAGCGCGGCUACUCCCGCUGCCACCAACACCUUGCUCGCCAGGCCGGCUACCACCGCUGCCGCCGCAGCUACUCCCGCUCCUGCUGCCGCAGGGGGCCUGUUUGCUGGUGCUAGGACUGGCACCACGGCCACGCCGGCGCAGGAUCCCAAGGCCAGUACUGCCGCCGGGCUCUCGGCCUCGACCAUGGGCCCCGCCUCCCAGCUCCCGCGGCUGAAGAACAAGACCAUGGAUGAGAUCAUCACGCGGUGGGCGACGGACCUGUCCAAGUACCAAAAGGAGUUCAAGGACCAGGCCUCCAAGAUCGCCGAGUGGGACCGCAUGCUGGUGGAGAACGGCGAGAAGAUCCAGAAGCUCUACACGACCACCUACGAGGCGGAGCGCGCAAACGCCGAGAUCGACCGCCAGCUCAGCAACGUCGAGAGCCAGCAGGACGAGCUCGGCGCGUGGCUGGACCGCUACGAGGCGGACCUGAACGAGCUGUUCGCCAAGGGCGGCGGCGCCGGCGGCGCGGGCAGCGAGCAGGCGGCCGGCCCGGACCAGGAGCGCGAGCGCACCUACAAGCUGGCCGAGAAGCUGACGGACCGCCUCGACGACAUGGGCAAGGACCUCACCAAGAUGAUCAAGGAGAUCAACGACAUGUCGGGCACCCUCAGCAAGGGCAGCAAGCCCGAUGAUCCGUUGACGCAGAUUGUCCGCGUCCUCAACGGGCACCUGUCCCAGCUGCAGUGGAUCGACAGCAACGCGGCGGCGCUCCAGGCCAAGGUUCUGGCGGCGCAGAAGGCGGGCGGCAACAUGGGCACCAACGUGUCCAGCACCGAGACGGACGCGGCCGAGAGCUUUUACCGGUCGUACCGCAGCGGGUACAGAUGAGACGGACGGUGAGGAAGA